UGUCAUCGCCGGAGCCCCAGGCCCGGCCAUGGCGACCGAGCUGGAGUCGUCGCUGGAGCUGAGCUUGUCGAGCAGCUGCGCGGAGCCCGGGACGCUGCCCCCCGCGCGCUCCCGCAUUUUCAAGAUCAUCGUCAUCGGGGACUCGAACGUGGGGAAAACGUGCCUCACUUUCCGCUUCUGCGCCGGCCGCUUCCCGGAGCGCACCGAGGCCACCAUCGGGGUGGAUUUCCGCGAACGCGCCGUCGCCAUCGACGGGGAGCGAAUUAAGAUCCAGCUCUGGGAUACAGCAGGGCAAGAGCGAUUCAGGAAGAGCAUGGUUCAGCACUAUUAUAGGAAUGUACACGCUGUCGUAUUUGUAUAUGAUAUGACAAACAUUGCAAGUUUUCAUAGUUUGCCUUCGUGGAUCGAGGAGUGCAAGCAACAUUUGUUCACCAAUGACAUACCCCGGAUUUUGGUUGGAAAUAAAUGUGAUUUGAGAAGUGCAAUUCAGGUACCAACGGACAUGGCGCAGAAAUUUGCCGAUACUCAUAGUAUGCCACUUUUUGAAACAUCUGCUAAAAACCCUGAUGACAACGAUCAUGUGGAAGCCAUAUUUAUGACCCUGGCUCAUAAGCUCAAGAGCCACAAGCCAUUAAUGCUUAGUCAGCCACCUGAUCAUAGCACAGUACACUUAGAAUCUGAUCCAAAACCUGCUAUCACAUGUUGGUGUUAACUUGCAGUAUUUUUAGUCACUCUGUCUAGUGUGCAAGUGCUUUAAGGGUGUGGCCUUGGUCAUAUUCCAGUGCAGUAGGAAU